CAAAAACCAAUACUGGAGAGUUAAAAAAAUAUUCAUGGGUUAAUGGGUUUGUUGUUUGCGAUAUCUGUGAAAUAUUUAGAUCAGUUUAUAAAUAUGGCUUCAAAGGUGAUUAAAUCAGCACGUGAGCGUGCAUUGCAGUAUGUGGAAAAUGCAAGCCGUGUGCAGAAACAGGACCUUCGAGAUAAUCCUGGAGCCAGAACUCAGGCUCGUCAAAUAAGAUCUUCCUUGCACAAUCAAGCAGGACAUACAAUCGGUGAGCUUCAGCAUGCUGCCAAACCUCCACUUGGUUGGAUUUGGGGCAAUUUCUACCAACCAUGGCAACGUCUUUUUCCAGGAGAAGAACACUUUAACGGUGAUAUUAAUUUAAGACGAGAAUAUCCACCAUUAUCAUUGGUUGAAUUGCAACGACUGAUUGAUUUGGGUUGGUUAGACACUUCAUCGUUGAUCGAUAUCACUGCCUUGUGCAAUACUCGAAGAUACCAUUGCAAACCUUCAUUAAGACAAUUCGGAAUACAGCUGACAGAUCAGGGUGCUGAUUGUUUUGCUUCUGCCGUAAAUUUGGAAGUACAGUGGGCGUCGGAAGCUGCAAUCGCAGCCGUGGAAAAAGCCGGGGGCAGAAUUAGGGUUGCGUAUUAUGAUGCGGCAGCUCUAGAAGCAGCUAUCGAUCCAGAAAAGUGGUUCUUAUUAGGAAGGCCUAUUCCACGACGCAAAGCUCCGCCCACAAGCCUUGUUUCACUAUAUAUCGAUCCUCGACGUCGCGGAUAUCUGGCUCGACCGGAAGAUCUGAUCAAAGCGGAGGAAGAUUUAGCUCAAAUUAUGGGAUACGAAAGGAAACCUGCCCGAGAACAAUGGGAAGAAAAGAGGCCUGAUCAGCUGUUUUUCGGAAUUCCGUCUGGUUCAAUAGUUAGUCUAAAAGAUAAGAAAUGUUUUGCGCCAGUACAUCCUGUUCUUCAGAAAUAUUAUGGAAUUGACGCUAAUGCAAGAGGAAGUUUUGUGGCCGAUCAUUCUUAUGCCACCACUUUUUCAUCAACAUCAAUGCGAAAAAAUGAUUUCAUAUAUUCAUAACUUAAUAUGAUUAUAAAUAUGAUAUUUCUCAAAGUUUCAUUCGAUUGCAGUAAGAUCACAAAGAAAUAUCACCAGUACAUGCAGAAAUACUGCAUUUUGCACUAUUCACCGUUCGGUUUUGGAUCGUAAUGGAAUGUGAAGUUUUUCUCAACAAUGUAAAGU